CCCGCGCCAGCUGCAGAGGAGGCAAAGCCCGCGGAGGCCCCCGCGCCAGCUGCAGAGGAGGCCAAGCCCGAGGAGGCCCCCGCGCCAGCUGCCGAGGAGGCAAAGCCCGCGGAGGCCCCCGCGCCAGCUGCCGAGGAGGCCAACCCGAAGCCCGCGGAGGCCCCCGCGCCAGCUGCCGAGGAGGCGAAGCCCGCGGAGGCCCCCGCGCCAGCUGCCGAGGAGGCAAAGCCCGCGGAGGCCCCCGCGCCGGCUGCCGAGGAGGCGAAGCCCGCGGAGGCCCCCGCGCCAGCUGCCGAGGAGGCGGCCAAGCCCGCGGAGGCCCCCGCGCCAGCUGCAGAAGAGGCGAAGCCCGCGGAGGCCCCCGCGCCAGCUGCCGAGGAGGCGAGGAGCCCGCGGAGGCCCCCGCGCCAGCUGCCGAGGAGGCGAAGCCCGCGGAGGCCCCCGCGCCAGCUGCCGAGGAGGCAAAGCCCGCAGAGGCCCCCGCGCCAGCUGCCGAGGAGGCAAAGCCCACGGAGGCUGCCGCGCCAGCCGCCGAGGAGGCGAAGCCCGCUGAGGCUGCCGCGCCAGCAGCGAAGGAGGCGAAGCCCGCGGAGGCUCCCGCACCAGCAGCCGAGGAGGCGAAGCCGGCCUAGGCUCUGGCGGCAGCUGUGGGGGAGGCGAAGUUGGAGGUAGGUUUGGCAACACCCGCCGCGGAGGCGAAGCCCGUGUGAUGCCUUCUUGGGCCCCAUGCGGGUGGCUGGGACCCCCCUGCGGGCGCUCCGAAGGAGCCGCCUGCGGGCGGGGGCGCCUCGCGGGGCGAGCAGCAUGGCAGCCAUAGGCAGCUGCCAGAAAGCAGGUACGUGUUGCCAAGCAAAAGUUGCUGACCGC